UGAUGGUGGGGUUGGUCAGUGAGGUCUGGUCUCCAUGACGGGAUGUGUUGAUGUUAACUUGAUGCUCUAACUUCUCCACGAAAUGCCGCUCCAGAUGCAAGGAGGCCUUAUGCAGAACAAUGUAGAGCCCAUGGUAAUCGAUAUGGCAGUGGAGGAAAAUGACAACACGGAGGAAGAGCCAGUAAUUGUGGAGAGCACCUCACUUGAUUUAGAGACUUACGCCAACUGCUACAGUGGCCUUGCAAAGCUACAGCGACUUGUUUUUAUAGCCGAUCGAUGUCCUCAGUUACGUGUAGAAGCCCUUCGAAUGGCCAUACAUUAUGUCCAGACAACUUACAAUGUCAACCUAUAUACUCAACUCCACAGGAAGAUGCAGGAGGCAGUCAGUGGAGCCAAUGCAGGAAAUGCGAGUCUACCAGAUAUAGCAGGUGGUCAAGUAGGGAGUGGAACAGUAGCCAAUUUACCUGCCCUUGACAUGCAGUGGGUUGAAUCUCGGGCCAAAAAAGCUGCAUUGAAAUUGGAGAAACUUGAUACUGACCUCAAGAAUUCUAAGGUUAACAGUAUCAAGGAGUCAAUUCGGCGAGGUCAUGAUGAUUUAGGUGAUCAUUAUUUGGACUGUGGUGAUCUUUCAAAUGCCUUGAAAUGUUACUCUCGUGCCAGAGAUUAUUGCACCUCCUUCAGACAUAUUAUCAACAUGUGUCUUAAUGUGAUUAAGGUUUCCAUUUACCUAAACAACUGGUCACAUGUCCUGAGCUAUGUAAGCAAAGCUCAAGCAACUCCAGAAGUUUCAGAAUCAAGGCCGAGCAAUAACAAAGACCAGUCAGCUGUAAUCCAAACCAAAUUAACGUGUGCUGCAGGAUUGGCACAAUUAGCAACUAGAAAAUACAAGCCUGCGGCCAAGAGCUUUCUUGGGGCUCAACUCGAUGCCUGUGAUUUUCCUGACCUCCUGUCCACAUCAAAUGUAGCAAUGUAUGGUGGUCUCUGUGCAUUGGCUACUUUUUCUCGUCAAGAACUACAGAAACUGGUCAUCUCUAGCAGUUCCUGCGUGGAGCAUCCUCGCAGGAACUGUUCUUUUAAGCUGUUUUUGGAAGUGGAGCCCCAAUUACGUGACAUCAUAUUUAAGUUCUACGAGUCUAAAUAUGCUUCCUGCCUCAAACUUUUAGAUGAAUUAAAAGAUAUUCUGAUGUUGGACAUGUAUCUUGCACCUCACCUAAACACGCUCUACACUCGUAUUAGGAAUCGCGCACUUAUCCAAUACUUCAGCCCGUACAUGAGUGCGGAUUUGGAGAAGAUGGCUGUGGCUUUCAAUACUACAAUUUCUGCAUUAGAAGAUGAGUUAAUGGCUCUAAUACUAGAUGGACAAAUUCAGGCUCGGAUAGACUCUCAUAAUAAGAUCUUGUAUGCCAAAGCAGUGGAAGAAAGGAGUAUGACUUUUGAGCGAUCGCUGGAGAUGGGUCGUGAACACAUCAUGCGGGUCAAAGGCCUUAUCCUGCGUUCAGCACUCAUCAAGAAUCAGAUUCAUGUUAAGAGUCCGCCGCGGGAAGGUAGUGGAGGGGGUGGGCAAGGAAGUGGAGAUGUCACUAUGGCAGCUACUAACAGUUCUGCAGCUGCUCCCAGGAACUAGAAUAUACAUGCCAGUGUCCAGGCUGUGUUGAGACUAAAUCUAGGCAAAAUAUCAGUCUGUGUGUUUGGCCCACUAUGUGUGCCACGAGAGAUGAGACUCUGUAAAACUUGCUCAUUCGAGUUCUAUAUCUACAGUGCUGUACUGUACUGAGUCAUUUCUUGUUCAAUAUGGCAAAAGAUGCGUGUUUGUGAAAAUAUUCACUCGUGACAGUUAUGCAGGAGUUCUGUGACACUCUUGCCUGUUUAUUUGAAGCACGAUCUAACACAACAUCCAAGUGUGCUUAGUCCUUUGUGUGGUGAUCACUGACUUGUGAACACUAGCAAAUGAACCUCAGGAGGUCUGAAUUAUGUAUAUCUAUGCUAUUUACUUGGUGUUCGUUAUACCACAUUGUAUAGUAAAACACAACCAAGACAAAUUCAAGUGCUCACAUAAACUACAGUGCGUCAUUAAAGUGAAUAGCCAAAGCAUCAAAUCAAGAUUAUAAACUGCAGCAUUUGUGAUUUAACACCAUUAUUAAAUUUUUAUGUAGAAUGAUGUGCUGUAUUUUAUAUGUAAUUUUUUUGAGUUGAUUGCUAACUAAUUUAAAAGAAAGGUUCUGAAUUGACAUAGUUAUAAAUUUUGUUUAGUACGAGUUUCUGAAAGGGAUUACAGUUAGUAUUUUUUUUUUUUUGUUUAGGGACCAUUACUAAAAAAAAAAAGUGGCAGUGAACUGCAGGUUUUUGACUAGUCUUGUCACUGUGUGUGUGUGUGUGUCACAAAUGCUGCUAAUACAACAAUAUAAUUGGUUAUUCAUGUGUUCUGUAGCUUGUGUUAUAGCUCCCAUUACCUGUUGCCUAUUUAUUGCGUUUGAAAAUUUUUGGUAUUUACCUAUCAUCAUGCACAGACCAAGUCACUAGUCUAGACUUUUAAGUCAAAGUUUUGUUUAUUAAAUUGAGAGUUCAGCAGGAAAUACAGGGUUGUCACAUUCUGUAAUUUUUGUUAUUUUAUAAUGCAGCAAGUACAUAUAUUUACUAGUAAGAAAUGCAGUGUUCCUAAGAAUUUUGCAGCUGCCUUGGAAGUUACAGUGGCCAGUUAUCUAUAGGGUUUUACUCUUCAGUGUAAUGCUUUGAGAUUCUUAAUCACAGUGUAUGCACAGAAGAUCAUACAUAGUGUAUUACCCAAUGACAUGCUGAUUCACUGUUUUGCACCCUCUAACCAGGUUGCCCAAGUCCCCUCGAAGUCUAAGGACAUCUGGUUUUAAAUGACUCAAAAAAAAAUUGAGAAAUUGAUUUAAGCCAAAUAAUCUUUGCUCUUGCAUCAGCACUGCUUGAGGCUUGCCACCAGUGUAUAUGUUGAGGAAAAGAGAAGCAGCAUCUCACUUUAACGAAUUUAAAAUCAUCCUAAGGAUCCAGUCACAAGCUGAGAAGUGGUCUUAAAGGAGAAACAGAAACUUCUCCAUCCAUAUUAAUUGUGCAAACCUUCACUUUGGGCUGCAGUGUUAAGAGUGGCUGGGGAAAAAAAAAGGUGAUUUUCUAUUGAGAAUAGUAAAAUAAUAACACUUA